CAACCCAUCUCUCUCUCUCUCUCUCUCUCUCCUUCUCUUCCAUGAAAAUCAUUCCCAAAUGGCUUCAGUUCACUUCAAUUCAACUUGCCAAAUGUAUAUACAAUCAUAAAUUUCUGUUUAUUUUACUUCAAUACUUCCAUACAUCUUUUUUUUUUUUUUUUUUUUUUUUUCUGUUACUGGAUAUAUUGCUUGGGAAAUGGUUUCCUGGAAUAGACACCCAUUUUUCCUCAUAACCAUUUAAAUAUAUACAUACAUAGAUAUAGAAUAUUUCAACCAAGUGUUUGCUGUCCCCUGCUCAUUUUCAUCCUCUGAACACUCGCUUUCUCUUCUCUUUCUUUCUCGUGGACUUGAAUUCUUGUGACCAAUGAUUUUUUGGCCAUAAAACCGGAUUUUUUUUUUUUCAAUUUUUCUUUUUUGGGGCGAUUCAACUUCAGACAAUGCAUGGGGUUUGAUGAUGCUUGAUGUUUGAUUGAAUUUUUUGUGAAUUUGGGUGGAGUUUCUGGGUUUGCUUUGUUCAUCUUGUUAUUUUACUUUCUAUUAUUUUAUGUCUGAGUUUCUGGGAUAGUUUUGUCUGAUUUUCUAAAAAUCAGUGUUCCAAAAGUACUAGAUUAGUGAAAAAAAAAGAAAAAAAUCUUGAUGAACAACGGUGAGGAAAGAAGGUUGAAUGGAGGGGCAGAAGAAGAUGAUGAUGAUGAAGAUGAAGAAAAUGGGGGUGGCCUUGAGGCCUGGGAGAGAGCUUAUGCUGAUGAGAGGUCCUGGGAAUCACUACAAGAAGAUGAGUCUGGCCUACUUCGACCUAUUGAUAACACCGCUCUCCAACAUGCUCAGUAUCGCCGCCGCCUUCGAACAGCUACUACUACCGCUCGAAUACAGAAGGGUCUCAUCCGUUACCUCUUCAUUGUCAUUGACCUCUCCAGGGGAGCUGCAGAAAUGGAUUUCCGGCCUAGUCGAAUGGCUGUUGUAGCAAAACAAGUUGGGGCUUUUAUUAGAGAGUUCUUUGAUCAGAAUCCACUUAGUCAAGUUGGUUUGGUCACUAUUAAAGAUGGGGUUUCUCAUUGCUUAACAGAUCUUGGUGGCAGUCCUGAGUCUCAUGUGAAAGCUUUAAUGGGUAAACUGGAAUGCUCAGGUGACUCCUCGCUUCAGAAUGCCCUAGAUCUUGUGCAUGGAUAUCUAAAUCAAAUUCCAUCAUAUGGUGUUCGGGAGGUUCUUAUAUUAUAUUCGUCUCUUAGUACUUGUGAUCCGGGAGAUAUAAUGGAGACUAUCCAGCAAUGCAAGAAAUCUAAAAUAAGGUGUUCAGUUAUAGGCCUCACAGCAGAGAUUUUUAUAUGCAAACAUCUCUGCCAAGAAACUGGUGGCUCAUACUCUGUAGCAUUGGAUGAGUCACACUUAAAAGAACUAAUACUGGAGCAUGCACCUCCACCUCCAGCAAUAGCAGAAUUUGCGAUUGCUAAUUUGAUCAAGAUGGGUUUUCCACAAAGAGCUGCAGAGGGCUCUGUGGCAAUCUGUUCAUGUCACAAGGAGGCAAAGGUUGGAGGAGGCUAUACUUGUCCGAGAUGCAAGGCACGUGUAUGUGAGCUACCUACGGAGUGUCGCAUUUGUGGGUUGACCCUCAUUUCCUCACCCCAUUUGGCCCGAUCUUAUCAUCAUCUCUUUCCGAUAGUACCAUUUGAUGAGGUUUCUCUGUCGCUUCUAAAUGAUCCACAUGUCAAAUUACCUAAAGCUUGUUUUGGUUGCCAGCAAAGUCUUCUCAAUGCCGGAAAUAAACCCAACCUUCGUGUUGCUUGCUCGAACUGCAAGCAGCAUUUUUGCCUGGAUUGUGACAUUUAUAUUCACGAGAGCUUGCACAACUGCCCGGGUUGUGAGAGUGCCAGGCAUUCCAAGCAAGAAACUCCCACUGAAGGGUGAUGAUCGGAUUUUAGACUCCAUAAUCUGCUGCUGGCACUAUCAGAAAAGUGGUGACCUCUCAAUAGUUAUAUGUUUUUAGCCACCGGAAUUUCCUAUAUUGAUCGAGACUGAUUCAUGGAUGCUACUGAUGCCAAACCAAUAUGCAUAAACAGUUUACUGCUCAUCCAAGUACACACUUCCAUGGACUUAACAUUUGAAGAGUAGGUUAGGUUGAUGUUUCCUGGUACACAGAUAAAUCAGAUUUUGUAGUGUUACUUCAACCGCUAUGAUCAAAUCCAGGGUUUAUUUUUAUUUAUUUUUGUUAUUAUUAUUUUUUUGAUAUACAUUGUAAUUUAUGGAAAAUUUUGUUUGAGCUAACUUUUUGACAAAAAGGAUGCAAGAGACCCUGUUUGAUAAACCAACUUUUUGUACUUUGUAACUGAAUAAGGGCAUCAAGUAUAUUAGUUCUGUAUUA